UACUUGUAAACAUAUCGUAUAUAUGUAUGUGUGUGUGUUCUCGAGAUAAUUAAGCUCAGUUGAGGAGCCGCUGCUAUAAAAGCCCCAUUAACUCCUCUCGAACAGCGCAGAACAGGCAAAGAGAAAGUGCAAAAAGAUGGCAACGCAGCAGCAACAUUUCGAUUAUAUGGAAAAAUAUCUGGUUUAUGAUAUUUUUAAAUAUUUUGGCAACGAUGCAACGCUUAUAGAUCACAAUAUAAAGUGUUCCAGUGGCCUCGACGGUUUCAUGUCGGCGGUCUAUACGGUGCAGCUGACCAUGGAGAUUGCCGGAAACGAGCGCCAGGAGCUGGUGCUGGUGAAGUUCAUGAAGGGCAGCCCGGAGUUUCGCGAGUCCGGCAAAUGCUACACACAGUUCGCCAAUGAGGUCUUUGUUUAUGCCGAACUACUGCCGGCCUAUGAGAAUUUGUUGCGUGACAGCAAAUUAAAUACGGAAUUGGUUGAGCAAUUUGUGCCGCGUGUUUAUUGCGCGAAAUUUGGUCUGAUUAAGGAUCUGGGCGAGGCACGUGAGUCGGUGUUGGCUUUGCAGCAUCUGCAGCCGAAAGGCUUCAAGCUGGGUCCGCGACUAACUCUGCGCCUGGAUCAGCUGGAGGCCAUGUGCUCGGUUCUGGGUCCAUAUCACGCGAUGGGCUACGCCCUGCGCAUCCUGCAGCCGCAGGUGGAGCAGCGCCUGCGCCAGCAAGUUGUGCCGCUGCCCUUCGUCUUCGAAGCGAACGUGCCGAAUAUCUAUGCGGUGCUCUAUCGCAUCGCCUUCGAUCGCUUCUACGAGUUCUACGAUCGCUGCCGCGAUCAACUGCUCCAGCCGCAGGAGCAACGCUUUGCCGAAGCCAUCGAGCGGCUGCGCGCCAGGUACUUCGAACAGCCAGUGGAGCUGCUCGAGCGCAUUCGCACAGCUGCGUGCGAUGAGACGCAGCCGGAAUCGUAUUUCAGCACCUUCCUGCACGGCGACUUCAAUCGCAACAAUGUGCUGUUCCACGAGAACGAGGAGGGGCGCGUAGAUGGCAUACGCAUGAUCGAUUUCCAGGAGCUGCGCUACAGCACCACGGCCAUCGACAUCAGCUUCUUCCUGUACAUGAAUACGCCGGCCGAGAAUCGAGCUGAGAUUUUUGCCAAACUCUUGCGUUCGUAUCAUCAGCAGAUGCAUCAGACCUUGGAGCUGCUCUUGCAGCGUAAUCAUGAAACGCUCUCGGAGGAGCAGAUCAACAAGCUGCUCAGCGAUUACAGCUUCGCACGCUUCGAGCAACAUUUCUCACGCUACGCGUUCUAUGGCGUCAUGAUCUGCAUGCACUUCAUGCCCUGGCUGCUGGGCAGCGAAGCUGACUGCGCCCAGCUCUCCAAACUGUUCGAAACGGACAUGCAUGGCCCGGCCUUCUACAAGCUGUCGAUGGACAUAGCCGGAGAUGAGGCGAACCGCCAGAUUUUCGGCAUAGUGCGUCACGCCUUCGAGCAGGGGUACAUGGAUCACAUAUGAGCUGCAAUCAGUAUAAUAUAUGUAUGUACAUAUCUACAUAUGUAUAUACCCUUUUCACAUAUUCCACUUGCUAUCAGCAUUUCAGUCUCGUUUCACAUUGUUCCGCACGCUAUCUAAAGCAUUCUUAUCGCAUUCUAUAUUAUAUGCUCUAUGAUUCCACUUUUUGUUCCGCCUGUUCCGAACUGCAGUUAACAAACGAAUGGAAUCGGUACACUAGCUUAUUGUUUUGUAUACUAACUGUUGAUAUGUCUCCCAACGUGUCGCAAGUGAAAUUGAAACGAAGUAAGUGAAAUUAAAAUUCAGUAUUUUAUAGAAACAAGUGGAAUCAAAACAUUAGCUUUAAGAUGCAUUGAUAACUACAAACAAUUUGAAAUGAAACCUUAAGUGCCUCCAGUCGCCUUGCCAGCUCGAUUGAAACAUAUGAACAUGGAACACUCGUAUUACCUAUGCCAGCAACAAUUGGAAACGAAACGCAAUUGUGAUAAGAUGCCCCACAACUUAAAGGAAAUAUGCAAAUUUCGAAGAUAAUUUAGAUAUAGGCAUUGAUCUUUAUCAGGCCAGAAUUAGAAUUCAGAACAGCAUUAUUAUUAUUAUUAUUAUUAUUAUUUUGUCAAUUCUGUUCACCUGUUAAUGCCAAGUCUUUCAAAAGACAAAGCCUAGUCUUAUAAAAUUUACAAAUAUUUA